AUGGAAGGUUUUUUCCUGUCUGUCACGGGAUAUGGAUCCUCUGGUGUAUGUUUGCAGGCUCUCAGUCAACCUACCGGAAUUCUGCAUUUACCAAUUCUUUCUCUUGGAAAUCAAGAUGAUGGAAGUAAGGUAAUCAGGUCAAUUCCACCUGAGUGUUGUGUAUCAUCUUCACAACCAACACAGCGAGGCAGUGAAGAAAGCAAAGAAGGUGAAAGGGAAGAGGUUGACCCCGAGGAAGACAUGGUUGGCAUAGCCACAAUAUGGUUGCAUCAUUUGGAUGUGCAUGAGCUUGCCUCUAAUGAUGAUAUGGAUGAUGACACAAUGUGAUGAUGGAUUUGAAGUGUUGAAUCCAUCUUGUUGCUUUUAUGUGUGAUCUAUCAUAACACAAUAGAAAAGAUGAUGGAAGCAAAGAAGCUGUCUUACUUAUGUUGGCCAGAAGGUUAAAAAGGGACCUCAUUUGUUUGUACUGCAAUCAAAGAGGUCAUCCUUUCAGCAGCCUGGAAGCGGUGAGGGAACAUACGGCUGCUAAGAGUCAUAG